AUGUCGAAUACGAGCGUGAGCACGAAAGCACUGCUGAGAGCAGUUGCCGACGCUGUUAAGCAGCAGAAAUGGGAUGCUGCCAUUGACGCUGCGAAUAUCGUUCUCCAAAAAGACGCCAAGAGCUAUCAAGCCCACCUCUUCCUCGCCUUUGCGUUGGACAAGAAGAACAAGCCCGAUGAGGCCGAGACCACCUUCCUUGCCGCCACUGCUCUCAAGCCUGCCGACAGUCAGGCAUGGCAGGGUCUUAUCAAAAUCUACCAGCGGCAGGCUGGUAGGAAGCUCAAGCAGUACCAGCAUGCUGCUCUUAAGCUGGCCGAGAUCUACCGCGAUGCCGACGACAUGCACAAGUGCCAGGUCACUGUGGACGCCUUCAUUGACCAAGCUCGCGCUCAGGGUGAGCGCCACCAGUAUGUUGAAGCCCUCGAUCUCAUUUUGCCCGGGAGCCCCAUCUACCAGGCGCUCGAGGGCCGCCUCCCCAGGCCCUCACGGACAUACGAGAUUCAGGCUCAGAUCGUUGAGACAGACGAGAAGAAGCGCAUCAACACCAUGAUUGGCGAGCGGCGAACUAGGAUUGGUGCCCGUAUCAACGACGUCACAGUCGAAGUAAAACGAGAAGUCUACCGUCAAAGCAGGCUAGGAUAUCUGUUCAGGCAGCUCAUCAACUGGGUAUCCGACGACGAGUUGCGUCGCACCUACGAGGAGAAGCUGCUGCAGUACUGUUACGACCGGCUCCUAGUAUGGCCCCCGGGCGAGGAAAUGGAGCGAGAGGCAAACAUUGUGCAGAAACUAGCAAACGACAUGGUCAUCAUCAGGCACCCCUUUAAGUUCGCGUGGGAUAUUGCAAUCAACUGGCAGGAUCACAAGGAAAUUGAAGAAUGGGACGUCACCGUGCUCAGGCAGUACUGCUCUUUCUUCCCCGACAGCGAUCUAAACAGGGUCUUGAUGGGAUUCCUGACGAGUACUGUCUCGCCAUUUCCAAAGGAAGUUCCGGAAGACAGCACCUCCGUCGCCGGCGACGAUGCUCAGGAUGAAAGCGAAGACGACGAAGACGGCGGUGCCAAGACAACUUACGUUCCGUUGACGGAGGAGGACCGGCUACUCAUGAUGACAGAAGGCAUCAGCACCGCAGACUCUCUGCUGGCGUACAGACUGAUGGCUGAAUAUCAACAAUACCUCGAAGAGCAUGAAAGCAACGUCGAGCUCAUGCGCAAAGCUUUAGAGCACCUGAAGUCAGAGCGCUCCAAGACAGGUUUGAGUUUCCGGCACACCCAAGAUGCAAUCUCUCUCUAUCUUGGGACAGCUCUCGUCUUCUAUCAGUCUCCACGUCACCACCAAGAAGCGAAGAGUCUAUUUGACGGAGUCUUGGCCCACGAGUCUUCGUCGACUUCUGCACUCAUUGGUGUUGGGCUGAUCUACGAGGAGGAGGAACAGUUCGACGAGGCCAUCGACUUCUUGGAACGGGCCUUGAUGCGCGAUCCAGACAACCUCCGCGUCAGGACGGAAGCAGCGUGGGUCAGAGCCUUGAAAGGAGAUUUUGAAACCAGCAAAGUGGAACUAGAAGCGUGCAUAACACCGCUCACGAAGAAGGGCCAGCCGUCAAAGGAGCUCCUUGCACAGACACAAUAUCGCCUCGGAUAUUGCAUAUGGAAUCUCGAUACGUCUAAAUCGGCAAGGAAGAGGCGCACCGGUGCCUAUGCGUACUUUCUCGAGGCGCUGAAGAGCAAUCUGAACUACGCGCCCGCCUACACGAGCCUUGGUGUGUACUACGCCGAUUACAUAAAGGACAAGAAAAGAGCGCGGAGGUGCUUUCAGAAAGCCGUCGAACUCUCCCCGUCCGAGGUUAUUUCGGCAGAGAGACUCGCAAGGUCGUUUGCGGAUGAUGGAGACUGGGACCGUGUCGAGCUUGUAGCGCAAAGGGUGGUUGAUUCUGGGAAAGUGAAGCCGCCGCCCGGCUCGAAACGGAAGGGCAUCAGCUGGCCACUAGCCGCCCUCGGCGUGGCGGAGCUCAACAAGCAGGACUACCACAAGGCAAUCGUUUCCUUCCAGGCGGCCUUGAGGAUUUCACCAAAUGACUACCAUGCAUGGGUGGGGUUGGGCGAGAGUUAUCACGGCUCUGGCCGCUACAUCGCAGCGACCAAGGCGAUCAUGAAUGCGCAGAAGCUGGAGGGUUCCGCUGAUGCCGAAAUCUCCGGCGAGACUUGGUUUACCAAAUUCAUACUUGCUCAAAUCAAAGGUGAGCUCGGCGACUUCGACGAAGCCAUUUCGCUUUACCGUGAAGUCAUAGUCAACCAUGCCGACGAAGAGGGUGUCACGAUUGCCUUGAUGCAAGCUCUAGUAGAGAAUGCCCUAGACAGCUUAGAAAAGGGGUUUUUCGGCAAGUCUGUUGCUCUCGCAAUAGAGACGCUUGAGUUUGCUACACAAGCCCAUUCGGCCAUCAAGGAGACUUUCAACUUCUGGAAGGCCGUCGCGGAUGCCUGCUCGAUUUUUUCGAGCAUCCAGAGCCGCGUUUCGGGCUUCCCGGCAAACCUGGUCCGGGACCUGAUUGGUCGCGACGACGCAGCGCCCGAGUACCAAGCCGUUCGAGAUAUCGACCGGGUUGGCAUAGCCGUUGUCAUCACUGAUGGAGUUUUUCCCGAGGUUGAGACGCUUGGAGUGGACUUGACAAAGGCUCUCCAAGCAACAAUUCUCGCCCACAAGCGUGCGAUUUAUGUGUCUGCCAACGACGUGCACGCCCAUGCGGUGGCGUACUAUAAUCUGGGCUGGGCAGAAUACCGAGCUCACACGUGUCUCUCGCUGCACCUGCGCAAGAAGUCUACCACAUAUCUAAAGGCAGCUAUGGCGUGUUUCAAGCGAUCCAUCGAGCUCGAGGCCGGCAACUCAGAAUUCUGGAACGCCUUUGGAGUGGUCACCAGCACCAUCAACCCAGCCGUGGCUCAGCACUCAUUUGUCCGAAGCCUCCACUUGAACGAGAGAAGCGCCCAUGCCUGGACGAAUCUAGGAACCCUAGCUCUUAUGGAAGGCGAUGAUCGGGUUGCUUAUGAGGCCUUUACCAGGGCCCAGUCUACUGACCCUGAUUAUUCGCACGCCUGGCUCGGGCAGGGCCUGACGGUGCUGAUUUCUGGAGACGCCGGGAAAGCACGGGAGUUAUUUGCUCAUGCCAUGGAGAUUGUCGACAGCUCGUCAUUGCCAGCCAGACGCCUUUACGCUGUCUCUAUGUUUGACCACAUCUUGGCGUCCCCAACAGGGGUUCCGAUUGCUUCUUUGCUACAGCCCAUUCUUGCCCUAAGUCAACUACAGGCUCUCAGACCCUUGGACUUGGCUUACGGCCAUCUCUAUUCGCUUUUGCAGGAGCGGACGAAUGAAAACGUCCGCGCUGCCGCCACGCUCGAGAGUAUCUGCUCCACCGCGGAAGCCAAUUAUGAGGAAACGCAGAAUACCCAAUCACUAAACAAUCUCAUUCUCGCCAAAGCCGACCUUGCCCGCUCAUAUCUAGCGGCCGGCUCGUACAAGAAAGCCAUUCUGACGGCAGAGAAAGCUAUUCACUUGAGCAACGACGCAUCUUACGCUAAGUUGGUGGCGGCGGGGCGUGAGUUGAUAGCAGAAGAGCGCCAGAAACUCCGUCUUAGUGCACACGUCACGAUGGGCCUGGCUCAGUACUACAUCGAUAAGCUUGACGAGGCUUUGGCAUCUUUCGAGGCUGUUAUUGAGGAGUCAGAAGGAAACCCAGACGCGGUCUGCAUUCUAGCCCAGGUCCUAUGGGCUACUGGGGAUGAGGAGUCCAGAGAGCGGGCGCGAGAACUUCUCUUUGACGUAAUCAGCCGAGCUCCGCACCACGUGCAGUCUGUGUGUCUUCUGGGCGUUAUUGCCCUCCUAGACGCCGACGGGGAGAGCCUGGAGGCGGUAGUGCAAGAAUUGCAAGCCCUAAGAGCUAGUAAUGAGGGUGUGACACCUUCGGAACAAAGCCAGCUAGGCGAGGUGCUAAGAGCAAUUGCCGCCUUGGGGCAGGGUGAGGACAAUGCCGAGGAACUGGCGACAAACCAAGCGCAGGUUAACGUCAUGCUCCACCCGUACUUGCCGCACGGCUGGUCGGAGCUAGCAGUGCGCGGCGGCAAUGAGGGUGAGGUCGCCGCGGCCACAGCACUGCGGGUCGCGCUUAAGGGCGUGGCUCCACGAGGCGAUCUAGAGGCUGAAGAUUUAGCGAGGGCAUACGCGGGGACAGGGACCGUGGCUGGUGCGCAGAUAGCCGUUAUGGUCUCUCCGUGGGACAAAUUUGGAUGGCGGGGGCUGGUCGAUGCAGUUAUGGGAUGA